GCACGCCUCCUCCCUCCUGCUAAAGCAGCACAACCAGCGCGUGUGUAAACUCGCACCAACUCAACUGUACUCCCCGCCAUGGGAAAGGACCACUGACAAACGCGGACCUCUUGCUUCCCUUCUUUGUGUCGUUAUUGGAUUUUUGUUUUCUUGCAGGCAGCUUUAACCCCCACCACCCACCAACCUCUCCGCCGUCCUUCCCUGCGUGAACCUCGUACAUGGGGCGAAGGGGCAGUCCCUGCCACGUUGGCCUGACGGUGUCAGGGGGUGUCCUGCAAGUUUCCGCUGCCGCCGCGUGCCAUGCAGGGGAGCUGGGGGUGCCACGAGCCCAAGGGGCACAGCUGUGUGCGCGCGCGGCCACCGCUGCUGCCACCGCUGCUGUUGCUGAUUUGCCUCCUCACGUGGUGCGCGGCGCUCGGAGAAUUUACAUUCCCAGACCAACGCCAAGAAAGUUUCUUAAGAAGUCUACAAGACUUCCAAGUGGUGUACCCCGCGCGAGUCGACGCUUCGUCGCGCUUCUUGUCGCACGACCUGCUUUACCACGAGCCCCUCCAUCAACCUGGUCGGUGGCAGGUGCCAGCGGACGCCCUGUUGCACUACGUAUUCGAGCACGAUGGCAGACAGCUACACUUGAACGUGACACUCAACAGUGGCCUGUUGUCGGCCGGGUACGUGCUGGAGCGACAGCAGGGUAAGACCCACCGAGAGGGCUCCAGAAACACGUGCCACCACACUGGAGACAUCCUGGAGGGAGCGGCUGUCCGAGGAGCUGUUGCUGUCAGCACAUGUAAUAGUUUGACUGGGGUUCUUUCUUUCUCCCAUGGAGAGCACUACUUUAUAGAACCAGUCCGUGGUGUCGUCAGAACAGAGGGAUCUCCACAACCACACGUAGUCUACAAGCAUGACCCGGCAAGUGGCCAUCACGUCAUCUCCAAACGUCAUGCCCUCGUGCACCCUUCACCUUCAGGCGCGGCGAUUCCUGGAAAUUCCACCUCAACAAAGGGAGCGUCGUGUGGCGUGACGGAUGCCCCAUGGCACGCGCAGAAUGUGGAAAGGCAGCGGGAGAGGUGGCAGCGGAGGCACGGGCCUCAUCGGAGAAUCGCCCCGAGGUCCACAAGCACGGAGCGCUGGGUGGAGACAUUGGUGGUGGUGGAUCCCAAGAUGGUGCAGUACCAUGGAAGGGACAACAUAGAAAAUUACAUCUUUUCCAUCAUAAACAUGGUGUCUGGAUUAUAUCACGAUGCGAGCAUUGGGAACCCAAUAAACAUUGUUCUAGUCCGACUUAUCAUUUUGGAAGAAGACCAAGAAGGUUUAAAGAUCGUGCACCAUGCUGACAAGACUCUGGCCAGCUUCUGUAAUUGGCAGAAGAGCCUCAACUCCAGGGAGGAAGAGUCCAACGCAACUCGGCACGACAUCGCAGUGCUUGUGACUCGAAAGGACCUGUGCGUUGGGAUGAAUCGGCCGUGCGAGACCCUGGGACUGUCCCACGUGUCGGGCAUGUGCCAGCCACACCGCAGCUGCAACAUCAACGAGGACACAGGUCUCCCUCUGGCCUUCACCGUGGCUCAUGAGAUGGGGCACAGCUUUGGAAUUCAGCACGACGGGCAGGGCAACGACUGCGAGCCGGUGGGCAAGCGGCCAUUUAUCAUGUCCCCGCAGUUACUGUACGACACCAGCCCCCUGACGUGGUCGCGCUGCAGCAAGGAGUACAUCACCCGUUUCCUUGACCGAGGCUGGGGAUUCUGCCUGGACGAUGGCCCAGCAAAGCCUCAUGACUUGUCCGUGCCAUCCCUGCCUCCCGGGAGCCUCUACGAUGUCAACCAGCAGUGCCGGCUGCAGUAUGGGCCGGACUCACGCUUCUGCGAUGGAGUGGACGACGUGUGUCGCACGCUGUGGUGCACCGUGGGAUCGACGUGUCACUCCAAGAUGGACGCUGCAGUCGAGGGGACCAAGUGUGGCGAGGAUAAGUGGUGCUUCCAUGGCGAGUGCGUGACCGUGGCUCAACGAUCGGGCUCCAUAAACGGCGACUGGGGAGCGUGGAGCUCGUGGUCGCACUGCACGCGCACAUGUGGCGUGGGCGUGCAGUCAGCUCUCCGCCAGUGCAACAACCCCACGCCUCGCUUCGGCGGACGGUACUGCGUCGGCGAGCGCAAGCGCUACCGGACGUGCAACGUGCAGCCCUGCUCCGCAGACGCCAUCUCAUUCCGGCAGAUGCAGUGCAGCGAAUUCAACACGGUGCCCUACCGCAGCGGGCUGCACGAGUGGGCGCCACUGUUUGGCACAGCAAACUCGUGUGAGCUGCACUGUCGACCUAUGGUGGGCUAUUUUUCUGAGAAGAUGCUGGAUGCCGUGAUUGAUGGAACCCCCUGCUAUGAAGGCAAUGCGAGCCGUGACGUUUGCAUCGAUGGCAUCUGCAAGAACGUAGGAUGUGACUACGAGAUCGACUCCAACGCCAUGGAGGACCGCUGUGGAGUCUGCCAGGGUAACGGUUCCUCCUGUGAGACUGUCAAGAUGACCUAUGAAGAGACGGAGGGGCUCGGCUACGUGGACGUGGGCCUCAUCCCCGAGGGGGCCCGGGACAUCCGAGUGGAGGAGGUAGCGGAGGCCAGCAACUUCCUGGCAUUGCGGAGCGAGGAUCCCGCGCGCUACUUCCUCAACGGGGACUGGGUCAUCCAGUGGAAUGGAGACUACAAGGCAGCGGGCACCACCUUCACGUACGCACGCAGCGGCAACCUCGAAAACCUCACCGCGCCGGGCCCCACCAUGGAGCCCGUCUGGAUACAGCUGCUUUUCCAGGAGAAGAAUCCAGGCAUUCGCUACGAGUACACCAUCAGGAAAGACACCGACUCCGACAACGAGAUUGAUCCUCCUGAGCUCUUCUGGCACUACAUGCCGUGGUCUAAGUGCACAGUGACGUGUGGAGCAGGUGUGCAGCGGCAGACAGUGAGCUGCCUAGAGAGGACGGCUGGCAUCGUGGAGGAGAAAUUCUGCAAUUCCACAACACGACCGGACGAUCGCCAACGUGCGUGCAACGAGCAGGAGUGCCCCUCCCGGUGGUGGGCAGGAGACUGGCAGAAGUGCUCUGCCACGUGUGGACGUAAUGGUACGGCGCAUCGCACAGUCCUGUGCUUGCGCAGCAUCGGGCCGGAUGCACAGAAGGCUCUGACCAACUCCGAGUGCCAACAUCUGCCCAAGCCCAAGCUGCAGAGCCCCUGCAACCAGCACGUGCCGUGUCCCUCGCGAUGGGUGGUCGGCAACUGGACUGAGUGCUCGGUGACGUGCGUUGGCGGAGGGGGGAAGAGGACGCGCUCGGUGGAGUGCGGUGACGAUGCUGGCGCCACCUGUGACCGUGACACGAGACCGUCCUCCGAGAGUGCCUGUAGCACGUCGGCAGCCUGCCCUAUUGGCGGAAAGGAGGCAAACUCUGGCGGUCCCCUGAAAAAGCAAAACAGCAGCUUCCCGGGGAAGCAAUUUGACGGCCUCGCUAAUCGCGGAUUGGAGGGCGACCAGCUGCCCAUUGCGCAUGUGACUGUGCCUUCCUUUGUUGCGCCCCAAGUCUUUCCAUCUAAUAAUGUGUCAUCAGGUAAUGAUGACUAUUAUGUGCAGCCCACUACACAAUCCAUAGAAAAUAGUGUCCCAAACAGCCAAGCCACACAUCCCACAGUGGGCAGUUUGUAUGAUGACUAUAAUUUUAUUGGUUUCCAGGAAGACCUCCUCUAUGAUGCUGAUACUAAUGACCCGAUAAUCAAUGGCAGCAAAUUACCUCUUGUCUAUGACGAUGAGUUACUCAGGUCAUCCAACAAACCACUGGGGGAGGAGACCACAACUACUUCAGCUACGUUUGCACAUUCACCAGCCCAUGUGGGACAAAAAUGGCUGUCUUCAGAAUCUAACGAAUUAAACCCGACUGGCAAUCCAAGCACGGUCACAGGAGGGUUAGUAGUAAAUGUUGAAAAACUCCACAAUAUUUCAUCAUCUUCCAAAAGUCAAAACAAGCUGACAAGGAAUAAGAGUGGCCACAAGAAGAAGAAAACUCCCCUCGGGGCAUCUGUGGCUCCCAGUGCAAAGACCGCAACGUCGACCUCACUGGACACUUCGCUGCCACCCAACGGCAGUCGCUUUUUCCAUCCGACUUCUUCUUUCCCAACUCGGCCUCACAUUGAAAGCACUGUGUCAGCAGCAAAGAACAUGGUCCACCCUACUCAAGAUCGAGAUCCCCGCUGGGUGGUCGGCAACUGGAGUGAGUGCUCAGUCACGUGCGGCCUGGGGUCCAUGUGGCGCCGGGUGGAGUGCAACGCAGGGGAACCGUCGCUGUGCACGGCUACAAAGAGGCCCACCCCAGCCCGGCGCUGUCACGUACAGCCCUGCGCCACCUGGAUCGUCGGCGAGUGGACCAAGUGCUUGGAGGGCUGCGGAGGAGAGCGGCGGACGCGCGAGGUGCUCUGCGUGGACAAGCGGGACGGGCGACCCUUGCGACCUUUCCACUGCCAGUCCCUGCUGUCCCAACCGCCCGACUCCAUGUCCUGCAACACCCCGCCGUGCCUUGCCUGGGACGCUGGACAAUGGAGUCCCUGCUCACGUGCGUGUGGGGGAGGGACGCAGCGGCGCCCCGUUCUUUGCCCCAAGCCGGGACGAUGCUACAAGAAAAUGAAACCUGACAGCAGCCGCGCUUGCAACCCGCAGGCCUGCGCCGAGUGGCUGAGCGGACCCUGGGGCGAGUGUUCGGCAGCCUGUGGGGGAGGCGUUCAGAGGCGGCUCGUGAAAUGCGUAAAUGCCACAACGCGCAGAGCAGAGGACAACACGACCCUGUGUGAGCACGUGCCACGGCCGGACAAUGCUCAGAAAUGCAAUAUCAAUGAGUGUGAGACUCAUGACCCAAAGCACACGUGCGAGAAGGAUCGAAUGUCGUUUACAUUCUGCCGGCGUCUCAAGCUGCUGGGCCGAUGUCAAGUGGCAACCGUGAGGCUCCAGUGCUGCCUCACGUGUCACCGAGACGUUCAACGCAGCCGCCCGAGGGGCAACGAACACGUCUCCAAAUAACGACCAAGGCAGCGUCUGUCAAAACCUGUGCUCUCCAUUUUAGUUUCCUCCAGUCCGGCAAGACUGCUUAAGAGUCACGUUAACACCACCGUUCGUUCCCUUGGCCCUGUCGAAACGGCUGUGGAUAAGCGAUGAAUAACUAAAGAACGCCGACAGCAGUUAAGGGUAAAAUUAGUCCGUUCAUGUUCUGUAUGCUGGUUAAAAAAAAUGUUCAAAGUGGUGCCCGUGCUCUGCUACGUGUGUACGUAUGUUGAACUUCUUUUGCACCGUAAUGUGCCAACCGUGGUAAUCGGAGGUGCUACAAGCAUGGAGUGUCUCAUAUGCAAUUUAGAAAAUAUUUGACAAAUAGGACAAGCCAUUGAGGGCAGUUGUAGCCAUGUUCUUGGACCAUGUGAUUUAGUAAUCUUUUGUCCUUCAUGUACUAUAUGCUAUCCAGAGGUCCUUAAUGACUGUAAUACAUUUCAAGUACUUGGAAAUGUUUGUACGUCACAUUAUUAAUAUGUUUAUAUCGAUUUUGACUGUAACCACUACAAUUCAAGAUGAAAUGUACUCACAUAUUCAAAGAGCUUACGUGCACUCAAAUGUUUGGUUCCAGGUUGUUGUUUUGUUUCAAUGGUACCGAAUGAAUAAACACGUGGUGCUAUGAAAAUGAAUUGGUGUAAAAUCCCUGUGGUUCAAAGGGUAAUAACCAUGUCAAGUGGUGCUGAUAGUGUACUGUAUAUCCACAUGCAUGCUUGUAGCUGAGUAAUGUAUGGCUUUGUUAUUUGAUUGUGUACACCCUUUAAACAACUGAAGUUUAUACCGGAUACAUAGUGCUUAUUUCUUUGUAGCUGUAAAUUAUUUCCACACUUGUGCUAAAGUAGGUUUCAUACCGAUUUUUUUUUUCAAGUUUAAAUUGCCUCUCACUGCAUGUCUACUCAGGAGGCAGGUGCCACCUCAACUAGGUUCAUCCUCGGGCUCCAAAUUAAUGCAUUGGAUAAAAUAUAAAUAAAAAAUUAUGAUUUGAAGCUUUCGUGACUGCAGGAAUCCAUACUCUUUGGUUCUUUCGGUAAAGUCCCGUAGUUAGAGUUCUUCAGCAGUUGCUGAAUAACUCUUCAGCAGUUGUUUCUUGCUGUCGUCCCACCUGAUGACGAUUGCUUGUGUUGCGAUCGAAACGUCGUGAUUUGUUUUAUUUUAUUUCUAACUACGUGACUUUACCGAAGUAACCAAAGAGUAUACAUUUAAAUUCUUGUGGGUUUUCAGAUUACUUUUAUUAAUUGUUGCAACAUCGUUAUUGUUACCUAUCACCUACCACUGCUAUGUGGAAAAUGAAAAUCUUCAAUUUGGUAAACAAUUACAAAAUAAUGAUUCCAUGAUACAAUUGAAAUUGUGAGGUAUAUUACUGAAUCCAGACUGACAGGAAGUGCAAGAGAUUAAAACAAGUAUAGUCUUCAGUUUUAUAUUACUGUAACAUAGUUUAUAUAUGUAGACUUGACGUUCAUGGUCACUGAUUUUAAUCGGUAAUGAUUUGUGCCUUGCAUUUCCUUGCGGUGCUCUGAUUUGGACUUCGUAUGGAUUUCUUUUCAAAAAGUGUCAUCUUUUCACUGAAUGUUGGUAAAAACAAUAUUUAAUAAAGAAAAUCAAAGACCCUCCAA